AUGGCUCAUUCAGCUCGAUUUUCGCAUGCACAACAGCCCACUCAGGGAGAUCUCGAUGUCCUAUCGUUUCUCACUUCCGACUCUACCAAUCUAGGUCCCUUACCUUCUUCGCCUACUCGAAAUCCCGGGCAACUACAAGGUCAAGGAAAGAAGGCAUUACCUAGAAGAGAUAGUCCAAUGGACGCUCUGAUGAUCAGUGCUGUCAUUGCCGGAAGUGAAAAGGUAUCCAGACAUCAUUUUGGUCACGGCAUGAGUCUGGCUCGAACAGGUGCUUAUGCUUCGUGUGAUGAAUCAAGACCUUCAUCGCCUUCAUCUCACUCACCAAAGGUUGUUAUGCGAUCUACACAAGCACCUAGAAGUGAAAGAUUACGUACAUCAUCUCAAUCCCAUUCUCCAAGUCAAUCUACUUCUGCCAUACCUAUACCUUCAUCUAAAUCAUCAUCAAAAAGUCCGUCUAUCUCUACUUCACCCCUUUCAAGCUCGAUAGGUAAAGAUCGACCUAAAAGAAAGAUGUCGAUGGAUCCUACACCAAUGUCUCAGACACUUCAAUCAGCUUCACCUUCUUCGUCUUCCAAUUAUUUCCAUCCUUCACAUUCUUCGUUAUCGAUCUUGCCCACUCCUUUAGUAACAUCGGGAAAGGCCUCUGCUGGCAAACCAAGAGUGAGAUGUAUGGCCCGGACUAGGAUCCCAACACCUCACGGGGAAACAUUCUUGCACAUAUAUCAUAAUUCAGUGGAUACAAAAGAACAUUUAGCUAUUGUCAUUGAUCCCAUACAGUUGGAUCCGAGGUCGAAAAAACUAGCUCCAAGAGGUAGAAAAGAAAUCAGAAGUAAAAGUUUAGAUGAAAUCUGGAGACAUGGGGAAACUGAAAUGGAAAGAAUCGUAAGAGGUGCUUAUAUAGGUAGACUCUUACCUGGUCAAACCGUAUCAAAUCCAUCUUCGAUUUCAGAAGAAUCGCAAAACGACAUCACUAUGUCGUCUGAUGAGAUACAAGUACCACAAGAACAAGAAGACGUCAAACCGCUAGUCAGAAUCCACUCAGAAUGCUACACCGGUGAAACUAUAGGUAGUAUGAGGUGUGAUUGUGGUGAACAACUAGACGAAGCAUUGCGUCAAAUCGCUUUACCUCAACAUCUCAAAUCACAAAUCUCACAACAAUACCACCAACAAAUUCAUCAUCUUCACGAUAUUGACAGUUUGCCCACGCCUGAUCCAUCAAGAUCUUCCUCUCCAUCCUCUACAAGAAGUGUUCCCGGGAGAGGAGUCGUAAUAUACUUACGACAAGAAGGAAGAGGGAUUGGUCUAUUAGAAAAAAUUAGAGCUUAUAACUUACAAGAUUUAGGUCACGAUACAGUAACGGCCAACUUGUUGCUAGGACAUGGAGCCGAUGAGAGGAAAUAUGACGUGGCAGCUGAAAUUCUACGAGAUUUAGAUUUAGCAAAUCAAGGUAUUAGAUUAUUAACCAACAACCCUGGAAAAGUUGAGGGUUUAUCCCGAGAAGGUAUAAAAAUCGUUGAAAGAGUCGGUAUGACACCAAGAGAUUGGAAGUGUCAAACCGAGUCAACGAAUCUAAAUUACAAAGAAGAAGGAGAUGACAACAACAACGAAGGUGAAUAUCAUGCUUGGAGAGAAAGAAGAGCAGGUGUAGGUUUGAUAGGUGCAGGUGCAGCUAAAGGUGCUGAAUUGGAAAAGUACCUAAGAACAAAAGUUGAAAGAAUGGGUCAUAUGAUUGAAAUACCUGAAAAUCUUGACAACACGUCACAAUAA